UAAAGGGAACAGAGAGUAAAGAGGGAGGAGAGGUUUAUUCAGAGACAGAAGUUUGAGAUCUACGUUUCACACACACAGCCGGGAGAGAAGAUAUCACUCACAGACAAACAGAUACAAUGCUGCUCCAAGCGAGCGUGCUGAUUGGCCUGCUGUGCCUGAGCCAUACGGGCGGUGUCUUGGGUUUCGCCCGUCUGCAGGAUGAAGUGGAGCUACGUUCGGCGUUCUCCGUCGCUCGCACCAACAGCAUGGAGGGCGGGCCCAAGAUGACAGUGACCUUUGACGCUGUGUAUGUCAACAUCGGUGGGGAUUUUGACCCCAAAGCUGGCAUGUUGCGCUGUCGUAUCCCCGGGGCCUACUACUUCUCCUUCACAGUGGGAAAGUUUCCACACAAAGACCUGUCAGUGAUGCUGAUGAAGAACAGGAACGAGGUGCAGGCCAUCGUGUACGAGGAAAACGCCGGAGAGGAGAGAAAGGUGCAGAGUCAGAGCGUGAUGCUGCAGCUCGACUUCGGCGACACCGUCUGGCUCCGCCUCCAUGGUGACCCUCGCUACGCGCUCUACAGCAACACCGGGCACUACACCACCUUCAACGGCUACCUCGUCUACCCUGAUACCUACGGCUACCAGACACACCACCACCAGCACCCUCCUGCCUCCAACUCCCAGCAGCCCCUGCAGGAGAACAACCCCCUGUCAGACGAUAACCAGGGCACAGAGCAUGAAGUGUCUGCAACAAGAGACACACAGGAGGAGAGGGUGCAACAUACUGAGGAAGAGGAGGAUGAGGAUGAUGAUGAGGAGGAUGACCAGAGGUCUGCUUUCUCUGUUGGACGCACCCAAAGCAUUGUGGGAGUCAACCAGGUGGGCCUGCCGCAGCACCAGCCAGUCAGCUUCGACACCGCCUUUGUCAACAUCGGAGAGGACUUCAACGUGACCGAGGGUUUGUUCACCUGCCGCGUGCCCGGCGCCUACUACUUCUCCUUCAACGUGGGCAAGCUGCCGCAGAAGACGCUGUCUGUGAAGCUGAUGAAGAACCACCUGGAGGUGCAGGCGAUGAUCUACGACGACAGCGUGGGGGAGAAAGCUCUGCAGAGUCAGAGCCUGAUGCUGUCGCUGAAACCCGGAGACACGGUCUGGCUCUACUCGCACCAGAGAGACGGCUUCGGGGCCUACAGCAACCACGCCAAGUACAUCACCUUCACCGGCUUCCUGGUCUACCCAGACUUCCCCACAACCACCACCUCCACCAACACGGCCACCGGCAGCCAGUCAGAAAAGAAACCCUAGCUGCAGCACACAAUGAUACAGACUGAACAUUGUCAGAGGAAUUCAUGCAAAGUGGGAAAAGUCUCAGAGUCCAGAAAAGUCGCUGGGCAGAUUAUGAACUGUGUGUAAACACUCAUCAUGAAUGUUUUCUGUGAAGCUUCCUCUUCAUAUGAAUUCCUUUGCAAAGUCACAGAGACCUUGAACCUUGAGUGCAGAGCUUAAAUGAAAAUCUCUUCAUUUCCCAGGUAAUGGUUUCCCAGGAAAUAACUUCAUCACACUCAAAUGUGGACCCUGAAGGACUGCAAUCGUGAACUCUGAAAUGAAAAUUCAGUCCUUACCUGCUCUCCUCUGUGUCAGCGUAACUCUCAAUUAAAUGGGAACGGCCACCGCCGAAACAUUGGAAAUGAUUCCAUCUAUUUUACAGCUCAAAGACUCCUCUCUGCCCAGUUUCAGUGCACCGUGAUUUAAGUGGACACGCAUCUUUUCAUCCUCUGGUGGAAGGAUGUCGGAUCCAAAACUUGCAGCCAACAACUCCCCUUUAAAGUGAAAACAAAGACUCAAUCCAGUCUAAUUAUCAGACCUAAGAACAAAUUGAAUGCUGUUUUAUUGAACAGUAAGCCAGGAUUGUUAAAUUGGAGCCGUCUUGGCCCCAUUUCUGAGACAUUUUGGGGGAAGUUUCUAAGUGGGACAAAAAGUUUUGGAGUUGCUCCAGUAGAUUGCUUCAGCUGGUGAUUGCAAGACGUUCUGUUAUGACUACAAAAUAAUCCUCAGAGCAAAUUGGCCUGAUCGGCACGGCUGUGGCUCAGUUGGCAUAGUCGGUCAUCUCAACCAAAAGGUUUGGGGUUCAAUCCCCAGCUUCUGCAGCUACAUGUCCAAUGUGUCCUUGGGCAAGACACUUAACCCUGAAAUUGCUGACGCUAAAACCCUGAAUAAUCCUUACAGCAAUAUACAUUUAUAGAACUAAACAACUACUAGCCUUGCUGCCAUCACUGCGUCUUCUUAAAGACUACCAGCUGGAGCAAUCACUCGGAGUGAUCCUGUGCUUUAAAUGAAAAAUAUGUAAAAGAAAUCCCAGAUUUCCCCCUAGGUGUGGUAUCAGAAAGUGUAACAAUCCAACAUGAGUUUUAACUGACACGGAGGCGAGGGAGUAAUCACAGAACUUUGAUUUUACAGUGAAAUAUUUCUGUAAGUGCAUUUGUUAUCCUCGUCACUGACUCUGUGUUUCUGCUUGUGUGUAAAAAAAAAAAAAAAAGUCUUUAUUUUUCUUUAUGUCUUUGGAGGCAUGUGAAAACAAUAUGCACAGUGUGUUCUGUGUCAAAAUGAGUUUUUCUUCUCUUCACUCUUGAGCGUUUUCUCGGCCACAGCGGGAGCAGAGGACAGCGGGACGAACCGACACAGUUCUGUUCAAAAAGUGCAGACUGCAUAUCCAUCCCGUAUACCGACUGUUGACCACAUGCCGCCUCUGGGCCUGCUGAGAUCUGGACCGUAAUUUGAUUCUAAUUUGAGCAGCGUUUAAAUCAUUUCUUCAGAUGGCGACCACUGUGGGGGAAAUUGAAGUGCUUCUCUCGGGGCCCGCUGUAAUAUGCAUGUCUGUUUAAUUUCACGCCGCUCGGAGGAAGAUGACGCUGUUCAAAUGUGAUGAACCUCGACUUUAUGAAAUCACCGACUGUGCUGCAGAGGCACCAUGUGAAGUGAUACUUUGCAGUGAUUUAACGUUGACAUUUACUUUUUCAUCAGAGUUAACUGGAUGAGAGUUCUGGAAUAGUUAAAUUCUGACAUGAACUGUGGUCUCAACACACCAGUGAGCUGUUUACUUACUCAGCAGAAAGAGAGCUCUGUUUCCACUUUAAUUAAGUCACAUUGUAAUAUAUUGAACUAAUCAGUUUUUUGUGUUUUGUGCUGAAAGGAUUGAAAAAGGACAUUUUGAAUUCCAUCCAUCUAUCCAUUUUCUUCCGCUUAUCAGAGGUCGGGUGGCGGUGGCAGCAGGCACAGGAAGUCAACCCAGACUUCCCCUCUCCCCAGCAAUGUUUUCCAGCUCCUCCUGGGGGGAUUCCAAAUACAAACCCUGAGUUGGUGGUGACCAAAACAGAGGCUUAAAGGCCCUGACGCAUCAAGGAGAUCAUCGGCCGUGGGUCCUAAUUGGACCGUCGGUGAGCGGUCGUCGCCCUCGUUUUUGCGGUGUGUCCCGCUCCAUCACUAUCCGUCGGCCCCCGUCUUCCUUUUUUCGGUCGGAGAGAGUAAUGUUCCAAGGUUUCAUUUAUCUCCAGCUCUCGACACAGGUUCAGGAAAGCCCCUUGAGCAUGCCGCUGUAGUAUCCAUGAAGACAUGAAAAUGGUCUUCUCGUAUCCUAACAAAGGACUACCGCCGCCUGCUGGCAUGGAGAGUUAUUUCCUCUCAGACAUGAGUAGAAUGUACGUGGUGGUUGGCCGUCAGCUGUAGUCUUUGCGGUGUGUUCAAGUGCAAUUUUUUGGCAAAAGCAAAAGGCACCCUGAGGCGACGUCACAGUCGGCCUUUGUCUCCACUAGUUCUUUGCCGUCUGCUUGGUGUGUCAGGGCCUUUAAACACAGUGAAUGAUGGUUUUAUACUCACCAGAUUCACACAAGCACAACUUGUAAUACGUUUGAUAAGUUAAGUGGUCCUCCAAAUAAGUCACAAGCUUCCAAUGUCUCUUAAGACUAUAUCUGGCAGGAGCAAAAGAUUUGAUAUGUCCAUGUUGAAGUCAUGACGACUAUGGAAGGGGGUCUCAGCUGAAAGGACUCCUGCAGGUCCUGGAACAGACUUUUAAAACCACCAGGUUCGUUUUUUAAAACGUGUGUCAUGCUAAGAAGCUUCCAUUAAACCUAAGUAGCAUUUUUUUUAAAAGCUUGUGGAAGGCAAUACUCUAAAAUAGCUGAUGCAGGACAGAAGCUUUCUCAACUCGGGGUCCGUUGACCCUUGAGGGGUCCUUGAGGAGGUUGCAGGGAUUCCCCAGAAAAUGUGGACAUAUUUAGGUUUGUCAUUUACUUGAAGACGUUGGCCCAACAAAGGGAAUAAUGACCUUUCUGUUCAUAGCUUUCACAAUCAUCACCGUGAACUGAUCAGUAUAAAAUAUUGACGGUAAUGGAAUAACAAAAUCUCAUCAAGUAAAUGUCUGCAGCCUGAUGUGCAUCAGUUGGGCACCUUGAGAGUCACUAAAGAAAAUAAAAGCACACUAAGAAAUGUACUAUGAUCUGUAAAAAACAUUAAAAAAAAUCUAUCUAAUACUUUCAGGAUAAGUCUGGAAAGCUGAAUUUUUCUCUGUCACCUCUCAGUGAUCUCAUCGUCAGCGGGAAAUGGUCUCACACCUUCUCCAAAAACUAAUAAGAGACAGUUACUCUCUGGAGUCACACUCUCAGCAGGACUCUCUCUCUCUCCUCACACUGUUACUAAUCGACAAUUUCCUGUCCUCCGCGGCUGCACUGACUUCUCAGAAAGUGACAACACUUUGGACAAUGAGAUAAUUUCGUUUUUCACAGUAUGAAAUUAAACUGUGACUGUGCCUCAUUUCAGAUCGUAAUGUAUUCUGUCACAGUCAGACCCUUUGGUGGUUUCUCCAUCCCAGCCUCACAGGAGCUCUGCUUUCAGUUUCACCUUCAGACGGCGCUGACCCAGUUAGACAAACCGGUGUGUGAAGGUGAAAGUUGGUAAUGAAAACACAGAGUUCGUUCACUAUGGUGUCAGAAGCACUUUUGAUAUGCAUGCACGUAACUGAAACUGCAGUGAGUUAAAAAAAAAUAAUGAAGAUGUCUGAGCAGCUUCACAGGCUCAAUCUGCGCCUGUUAACUGUCAUCCAGAGAUUUAUCUGUACAGUUCCUGACAUUAUGUUGGAUGUUUCUGGUCUGUGCUUCUUUAUUUCUGAUUGAACUGAUGACGAUCGAUCAUUCUGUAUUAGAAACUAUGUCGAGCAGACGUGGGUCGUUUGUUAAAUAUGAAAUACUUCCUGGUUGUUGCCAGGGGCGUGUCCAGAAGGAUGGUGGCAUAGGCCCCCCUUAAAAUUUGAUUGGCCACCCCGGGUGCCACCCCAAAUACCUGAACUAUAAUUAGCUAUAUGUCUUGUUGGAGGGGAGGACUUGUGUUACAAUCAACCAUAGGGCCAUAGGAAGUAAAAAUCCUAUUAAAGUUCUUCAUAGCGGACAUGAUUUUUAGCCAUGUCAUAACCAUCCAAGUUAGGCUGACCACGAGCUACCUGAGUGUGAAACGAUGGUUUAUGAUCUUGUAGGAGACACAAGUUUGUAUGAUAUCAACCUCGUUUUAAGAAAAACAAGAGUUAGUCACGAUAUGGGGGCAAAGAACUACUCUACUUACGAUCAUAGAGUGUCACAGCGAUGUCUCUGAUUGGUUUAGCUUGCUGUUUCCAUGGCAAUGUUUCCCGCCUCUCUGUGCCAUGUGCGAAACCAGACAGUUUCAACCGGUUAGCUAGCUGGUUAGUCACCUAACACGAAACGUAGGCUACUAAUAACCUUCCUAUACUCACAAAAUACAAACUGCAAGAUAUAUUAAUUAGAUUAGAUUAGAAAACUUAAUUGAGCUCCAGCGGGGAAACAACGACAAAAGUUACUUUUAAGAGGAAACUAUAUCAUUUGCAAUGGAUUGUGGGAUGUGUAGUUCCUGGACUCCGGACGAAAAUUAUGUACACAGUCCUGUACCUUUGCCUUUUUCUCAGUUUUUAAUGACGUUUUGGCGCCAAAUUAAAUUAACUACAGUCAUAUGUUUUGGGGUAGCUGGUUGUCUUGGCUCCAGGCUUCAAUCUCUUGAUUUAAGAAUUCAGUGAAAAAUCAAGGGAGGAUUUGAAAGGGGAAAUUUACUUCCGGAAACAGAGCCGCCGAAAAAGUGGGCAGUCACUGUUGCCCUCUAUUUGGACUGUGUCGCAAACUGACAGACUUGAAAAAAUACAUUUAUCUGCAACAUUUUGGUACUAAAUAAUUUCCAUGAGUUGCAGUGUGCAGGACUUUUCCUGCAGUUAUUUUAAGUAUGUAAAAUUGUAACUUUGGACAUUAUGUUGGGUUUUUUAAAUCCUUAAAUUUAAAACUAAAUUAAGCCACAGGGAUUUUAAUGGUGCUGCCAUGUCUGUUUAGUUAACAUGUGAAUGAUACUUUACUGUAAGUAGUUAUAAAUCAAUGGACACCCCAGGAAAGUCUGGACACGCCCCUGGUUGUUGCCUCUUAAUCUUGGCAGACAAGCCAAAGAGGAACGGGAAAAACAACAACACCAAAUGAUGGAAAAAUAAGUAAAAGAAAAACUAAACAACUUGUUGACCCACGUGUUGUUUUCAGUAGUCCGGCUCAUGUUGACUCUUUGAAAUGUUUUGAGUAUUUCUUUGGUGUAAACUGAAUGCUUCAAUGAACAUGUUUGACUGAAUAAAAAACAGAAAAGUAAA